AUGGCGAUGGGGUCGAGUAGCUGUGUGGCGCGGCUGUUCCGGACCCUGCCGUGGCGCCCGGCCCUUCCCCGGGGCGCGGGGUCGGUGGCGGCCGCAGGGCCUCGGCUUCGGCUGCUAGGCGUGGGGCGGCUCCCGGCGGGCUCAGCGCUCGGCCGGGCCUACCUGACACCGGACGCUGCGCGCGGCCUGCAUGGCGGGCCCGGGCUGAAGGAGCAGGCAGAGCGGGCCGCCGGCGAGGGACUCCCGGAGUCGGGCGCAGUAGAUCCUACUGGUCUCAAGUUUGACAUCGAUACACUGGUUUCACUUCUGAGGCAAGAAAAUGCAAGAGACAUUUGUGUGAUCAAGGUUCCUCCAGAAAUGAAAUACACAGAUUACUUUGUGAUUGGUAGUGGGACUUCUACCCGACACUUACAUGCAAUGGCUUUCUACAUUGUGAAAAUGUACAAAUACCUGAAAUGUAAAAGUGAGCCUCAUGUUAAGAUUGAAGGGAAAGACACUGAUGACUGGCUCUGUGUGGACUUUGGCAGCAUGGUGAUUCAUUUGAUGCUUCCAGAAACAAGAGAAACCUAUGAAUUAGAGAAAUUAUGGACCCUACGUUCUUAUGAUGAUCAGUUAGCUCAGAUAACAACUGAGACAUUACCUGAAGACUUCAUCCUUGGAAUGGAAGAGGACACUUCAUCCCUAACUCCAGUAGAGUUCAAAUGUAAAUAAAAUGACAUGAACUGCAUUAGUGAUUUCAGAUUUGGAUUGAGUUGCUUCUUAAAUAAUUGGCUAGGUUGCUGUUAAAACACAGGCAUUCAUGCAGACAUGUGGAGAGUGUACGUAAGUGAACUAAUUCUCACAUCAAGAAUCAGUAUUUUAAACUGAAAUUUUAAUUAUAUCCUUAACAUUGGCUCCUAUGCUUACUUAAACAUAAAACACAUAACCAUCCCAUUGGUCCUGUUAAUACCAAAAUAUUUACUAUAUA